AUGCUGAACCCCAGCGCCCUGGAUUAUCCAAUGGAUUAUACGGCGGACGGCCACCCCCGGGAGAUGCUGAAGAAGGACCGGCAGCUCAGCCUGGCCCAGGACGAUCGCCACGACAGCGGCCUGGACUCCAUGAAGGAGGAGGAGUACGACCAGUUCGUCCAGGAGCUGAGAGACAUCCGCCUGCAGCCCAAGGAGACCUGCACGGCCCUGCAGAGCGCGCCCUGCCAGCCAGCGCCCGCUUGGAAGCAGCAGGUGACCGAAGACGGAGACACAUUUCUCCAUCUGGCUAUUAUUCAUGAAGAAAAGGCUUUGAGUUUGGAAAUCGUUCGCCAGACAGGAUGUGACAAAGUCUUCCUGAAUUUCCAGAAUAAGCUGGGCCAGACGCCGCUUCACUUGGCCAUGAUCACAGAUCAGCCAGAAAUCGCAGAAACCCUCCUGAAAGCCGGAUGUAACCCAGAGAUCAGAGACUUCCGAGGAAACACACCUCUGCAUAUCACAUGUGAACAGGGAUCUCUGAGGGGUGUCGGUGUUCUCACACAAUAUUCUUCUCAGCACCACCUCAGCUCCCUCCUCCACUUGCGCAACUACAAUGGCCACACAUGUCUCCAUUUGGCAUCUGUUCAAGGGUAUCUGGCCAUCGUUGAAUGUCUCCUGUCCUUCGGAGUGGAUGUCAAUGCUAAGGAACCGUGCAAUGGUAGAACUGCCUUGCAUUUGGCUGUAGAUCUGCAGAAUGAAGAACUGGUGUCACUCCUGCUGAAACAUGGCGCAGAUGCAAACAAAGUCACCUAUCAAGGCUAUUCUCCAUACCAGCUCACUUGGGGGAGAAACAACUCUGUCAUACAGGAACAGCUGAGACCAUUUACCACAUUGGACCUACAAAUGCUGCCCGAAAGUGAAGAUGAAGAUAGCUGUGAAUCAGAAGCGGAGUUCACAGAGGAUGAACUUUUGUAUGACGACUGCGUUAUUGGAGGACGAUUUGUGCCUUGUUAAAGCGAGAGGGUUGCAAACGAAAUGUGAACAAUUACUGAACUCUCACACUGCACAGCGCAGAGCGUGUUGUUGUAACAACAGGUAUCGCAGUCCAAGCAUGAAUUGUGGUUGUCAGACACCUGGAGAAAUCGGGGCUCGUUUGCACCAAAGAGUUGAUUGUCCAAAUAAACGAGCAGAAUGAGAACUAGAGGGUCCAGCUACAUAA